AUGCUAUCAGUCAGCCAUGGCCACGGCUGGGUGGAGCAUCCGUGUUUGGGGGAUAAAGGACUAUCCAGGCUAGAGAUCAGCACAGGGCUGAGAGUCUCUGUAGCAGCCUCGAGUGAGGAGAAUGAGCUAAGGGCGGGCAAGGUGGUGGUAACAAUCGAGGUGAAGGGGGACAGGUUACGGAGACUGCACCGGGAUGGGACGGCUGGUGUUGGCACCAGAGGGUUACCGGGAGGUGGAGAGCGUAACUGUGGAGUACAUGAGCUGAUCUGCGUCAGAAAAGUUUCUCCAGAGGUGCUGGGCUUUCUGACAGCCAUUGGGCUCUUCAUCAUCCUCAUGACGCUUCUUUUCUGGUACCUCAACAACAAGUUGGCCCUAGAGAACCCAGAGAGCCUUCAGUGCCUUGAUGACUUCAGGAAAAACACCGAGCUCCAAGACAAGGCCUACUCAGACCCCGACCUGCAGGGCUCAUCCUCAGACAGCGAGGACGAACUGAUGGGUCAGUACCAGGAAGCGGUCAGCCGCUCCCAAGGCCUCCGGGGAGGAGCCAAGGCCGCCCCCAACGCCAAACACAUGGGAGGUUUCAGCUGGGAGAGCCGGCAGAAGUACAGCCCUCUGACGGCCGACUACGACGGCUACAGCAGCGAGGGCUCGGCCGAUGAUGCCAACUGUAUCCAGAGGAUGAGACGGACGCCUCCACUGGAUGAGCUCCAGCCCCCCCCAUAUCAGGACGAGAAUGGCUCCCCGAGGAUGUCCUGCACCCUGUCAGAUCUGGGCGAUGCCAAGUACGAUCUGUCCCACACCAGCGGCAGCCCCCACCUCUCCUUUAGCAAGUACCCCAGUGAAGGCAGUGAUGUCCAUGAAACAGAGAGUUACCUCAACAAGGGCUAUGAAGACGUACCCAGCGACAGUACAGCUGUCCUCAGUCCAGAGGAAAUGUCGGCCCGUGGAUCAUCUGCACUGCUCCCUAAAGGCUACGAUCCAGAUCCCGUCUCAAAAUUCGGCACGCUGGACGUCGUGUUUGACUACGACUCGGAGCAGCAGCAGCUGGCCGCCACCAUCAUGGCCGUGACCGACCUCCCCUCCGUCAAACGCACCGGGAACUUCUCCUGGCAGGUCCACCUGGUGCUGCUGCCCAUCAAGAAGCAGAGGGGGAAAACGGGUAUCCAGCGAGGCCCGUGCCCCAUCUUCACAGAGACCUUUCGCUUCAGCCACGUAGAGUCGGAGAUGAUCAGCAACUACGCCAUCCGAUUCCGCCUGUACAGCAUGCGACGCAUGAAGAAGGAGAAGGUGUUCGGAGAGAAAGUGUUUUACCUCACCAAGCUCAACCUUCAGGGCAAAAUGUCUGUGCCGGUCAUAUUAGACCCGUGCUGUGCUCUCCCGGGUGGUGAAUCCCAGGUCAGCCUCUCAGAUAUGACAUGCAGUGAAAGCGCCUCCUCAUUCCAGUCUGUCAGUCAGACCUCAGCACCAGAGAUCCUUGUGGGCCUCGUGUACAACGCCACGACCGGUCGUCUUUCUGUGGAAGUAAUCAAAGGCAUCCAUUUCAAAAACCUGGCUGCCAACAAGCCACCCAUCCAACCCUUGUUGUCAGACGGACUGUUCUGUUGUCUGAAACACUUGAUAGGUGGACAGGUUUAUAUUAUCAGAGAUACCUAUGUUAAGCUGACCCUGCUGAACUCCAUGGGCCACGAGAUGUCCAAGUGCAAGACGUCCAUCUGCCGAGGUCAGCCCAACCCGACCUACAAAGAGACGUUUAUCUUCCAGGUAGCCCUCUUCCAGCUCUCAGACGUCACGCUCAUCCUCUCCGUCUACAACAAGCGCAGCAUGAAGCGCAAGGAGAUGAUUGGCUGGAUUUCUCUGGGCCUCAACAGCUCUGGAGAGGAGGAGCUCGCCCACUGGACUCAGAUGAAAGAGUCGAAGGGACAGCAGGUCUGCCACUGGCACAGCCUGCUGGAGUCCUAACAGCGACGGAGGAGCACCCAGAAGGUUCAUAUAAGAUGUAGAGAGCGAGGAAAGAGAAACGCAACGGUCGCCCGGGGAACCG